AUGUUUGUAAGAAUACUAAACAUACUAUUAGAAUUAAGAUAAAAAACUAUAGAAUUAGAAAUCAUAUAAUAAGAAUUAUCAUAACAUAAUUAAAUGAAUGAAACAGAGAUUAAUGCAUUGAUUGAAUUAAUAAAUUAAAUAAAAGAAUCACUUACAAAUGAUCAAUAGAGAGUAUAGAUAAUAAAUAUAGUGAAUGCUUCUUUAUAGAAUAAAUUAUAAUAAGUAAGAGAGAGCAAUUCUAAUACUGAUAACUUUUUAAACUAUUAAUUAUAAUGCAAUUAAAAUAAUAUUGGAAUAGCAAUACUAAACAAUUAAGGAUAAUUCAGUAAGACAAUUCUUCUCUAUUUUUAGUUUUGACUGAUUAAUUAACAAGAGAUAUUCUUGAACUAAAUUCAAACGUUAAAUUAGAAGAAGCUACUUUUUUUUCCUUAAUUAGCAAUGUUUCUUCAAGUAAGUUGAAGUAAUAAUUAAAUGAUUGCUGUCUUUUAUAAAGUGGUAAGGAAAAGGAAAGCUUUGAAUUAGCUAUAUAUUCAAAAAGAAAUAAAAAAAAAAGUUUACAAUAUCUGAAACAAAUUGCUAAAUAAAAAAAGAAGAAUAAAUAAAAAAAAUUUAAAACAUAAAGUAAAUGAUUAUAAAAUUACGAUAGAUAAAGAAGAACAUAUAGAGAAAGCAUUUAUUAUAAUGGCAAAAUAUUUAAAGUCUGUGUAAAUCACAAUAAAAAAGGUUAAUUUAUAAUUGCAUGAAGAUUUCAUAGAAUUUUUUAAGGGUUCAAAAGAUAUUUUGUUGCAUAAUUAAUCUAUAUUAGAAUAAAAUAAGAUAUAUUAAGUGGCUAUUUGUGAAAUAUAAGAAAUGAAUGGACAAAUUAAUUUUAGUGUUGAAGAUUUAUUAUCUGAUCCUUAUAUAAAAAAAAAUGAAAGUAUAAUAAAUAAUGAAUAUCGAUAGUGAAGUGGAUAAAGAAAGUUAGAAAGCUUGGAGGUUAAGAAUAGGCUUAUGAAGAUUUCUUAUGA